CUUCAUUUGAAAUGCGAAGCUAAACGCGCGCAUGCGCUCUGCGUUACAAAUAACCGCGAACGGAAAAAUAAUAUUUAGUAGUGAAUUUGAUUUUUUUCUACUUAAAUUAGUAUUUAAUAUAGUGUGUAAAUACUGAUUAGUGUGUUUUUGUGUCAAGUGAUUGAAAAAGCAGUCUUGGAUUCACGACUAUGGCGGGCAUGAACCUUCGGCUCGCGUUUGCCGUGAUAUCAUCAGCAUGCUGGUCUGCCUUCCAGCAUGGAUACAACACUGGAGUCUUGAAUGCACCACAAGCUAUUAUAUCCGACUGGCUCCAAAAGGAAGUUCUAACCGGCACCAACGUUACAAUAUCAGCCAUGGACGACCCUAAAGUGACGACCGCGAUGUCUAUAGCCGUCGCUAUAUACUGUGUAGGAGGGAUGAUCGGGGGGAUUAUUACUGGCGUCGUGGCUGACAGGUUUGGCAGAAAAGGUGGUCUGCUAAUAAAUAAUGUUCUGGUCUUCAUUGCGGUGGGACUCCAGAGCACUGCAAAACUGGCAAAUUCUGCUGAGAUGCUCAUUUUAGGAAGGUUGUUAAUAGGUGUAAACAGCGGGUUGAACGCCGGCUUAGCACCACUGUAUCUCGCUGAAAUAUCACCCGUUUCGUUAAGAGGAUCGAUAGGAACAGUAUACCAACUAGUAAUAACAAUGACGAUCCUCCUCUCCCAAGUGCUCGGCCUACAAUCAGCGUUAGGCACGUCUGAGCGCUGGCCGUGGCUGCUAGCGGUGAGCGCUGCGCCCGCACUCAUACAGGCGGCCACGCUGCCUCUGUGUGUCGAGUCGCCCAAGUACCUGCUGCUCAAUAAGGGACAGGAGUUGCACGCGCAGAGAGCUCUCAAUUGGCUAAGGGGUGACGUAUCUGUCCAUGGCGAGAUGGAAGAAAUGCAUCAGGAAGCAGAAAAAAACAAAAUCUCCAAGAAGGUCACACUACGCGAGCUAUUCGGCAACCGACAGCUUCGACAACCUCUCCUCAUUUCCAUGGUGAUCAUGAUAGCUCAACAGCUAUCAGGCAUUAACGCUGUCAUCUUCUACUCUACAACUAUCUUCUAUAAAGUGCAGUUGACUACUGCUCAAGCACAGUAUGCUACGCUGGGAAUGGGCGCCAUGAACGUAGUAAUGACAGUAAUAAGUCUCGUGCUGGUGGAGGUGGCGGGACGCAAGACGUUGCUGCUGUCAGGCUUCGCGGGCAUGUUUGUGUGCACCGUCGGGCUCUGUGUCGCUAAUAUUUAUGCUCAAAUCUCCUGGGUAUCGUACCUGUGCAUCGCGCUAGUGAUCCUCUUCGUGGUAAUGUUCGCUGUAGGACCCGGCUCUAUUCCCUGGUUCUUAGUCACUGAGCUAUUCAACCAAUCGGCGCGUCCGGCGGCGACGUCAGUAGCCGUCACAGUUAACUGGACAGCUAACUUUAUUGUAGGACUCAGCUUUUUGCCGCUCUCCUCGGCCUUAGGACCCAACGUAUUCAUAAUCUUCGCGGUAUUACAACUACUAUUUAUUAUGUUCAUUUUCUUCAAAGUUCCCGAAACUAAGAAUAAGACUGUCGAAGAAAUUACAGCUAUGUUUAGACAACAAAUGUAAGGUUGUGUGUGUGUGGAAUGUAUGUGUGGGUAGGAUGGUACUAUUUAAAAUGGUAGGUAUUGAAAAGAAGUAUUUUUGUUUUUUGUCAUCAUGCAUUUUUUGGUGUUCUAGAUUUUUGUGACCCCACAUUUUCACGCCAGCGGAUUUUUCGCUCGUUUUUUUUUACGUGCGACACCUGCCUGGUGGUUUUUAUAGCCGCCGGCACGGAUAUUGGGCUCUCAGCGGAAGAGUGGGGAUCGCUUUGCGCACUGUACACAUAAGGCAAUAAACCAAUAAACCGCUUCUGCGCAGGUGAAGGUCAUGGCUCGAUAUCCGUGCCGGUAACUAUACGCCGCUCGAAAAAAACCGUAGGUACGAAAAAUCCGCCGGUAUGAAAGUGGUGCCAUUAGGAUUCUUUCAAAUUGAACGUUUCGCGUUGCACAUUCACAUAACGAUUAUUUUGAAAGAACCUUUUAAUGAUUUUUAUUUAUGUAAUAUUUUAUUGAACUCUGAACAUAGAAUCUGAAAUGAACUUUACUGCAAUAAGCUUACAGUUUGUAUUUGUGUGCUUGUAUUUAAUUUUAAAUACUUUAAGUAUUAAAUUAAUGUAUAAAAGAAUCACGAUCAAUAUUUAUAAGAUCAAAUCAUUGCCUGUGGAAGCUUUUAAUUUUUUUAUUUAAAUAGGCUUUCGAUACCGACACCGAUUACUGAUAAAGUCUCUGAUAGGCUAUCAGGAACUUAUACCUAUGACAGAUAAACUAUAAGUUUUGGUUUUACAGGGGCUCAAUUCUGCUAAUUUAGUAAUGUGUCAAUUGGAUAUCAAUUGAAUCUCAAUAGCAGUUUUAACCUAAGCGGGAAUUCUGCUACUAAUAUAAAACCAAUCGUUGCAAUCGCAAAUCAUUUGCAGACCAUACAAAAACGUAUACCUAUUUAAAACAAAAAGUUGCGGAAUGCCACAUACGCUUCCAUAGUAAUUGAGUCAUGAUUGAAUCUUAGUUGAAUGUCAAUCGUAUAUCGCUUAAGUAACAUUAGCAGAAUCGUGCCCCAGUUCAAUCACAAUUGAAUCUUAAUUGGAUAUCAAUCGUAUGUCGCUUAAGUAAAAUUUGCUGAAUCGAACCCCUGAUUGGUAACCAGUGAUAGCCUUAAUAUCAGAUCAGUCUGAUAUGAAGCGUGCAAGACGAUGAAUGUUGCAUUAAUUAUAAGAUGACAAUUUCUACUGCAAUUAAGUAGUUAAUGUAGUUAAGAAAAUAAAGAAAUACUCAGUUAUUUUUUAA